AUGGGUAUCAAGAAAAUGUUUAUGAAGAAAGAUCCUACGGAGCAGGAGAUCCGUGAGGAUUUGAACAGGGUCGGUAUAACUACUAAAUCUGGCAAUACAAGAGAAGAAAAAUUUGGAGCAUUCAAAAACUAUGCUCAAGAAAGGGCGCAAAUGAGACCUGCUAUGGCACCAAGUAAUCCCUAUGCGCAGUUGCAGAAUAAAGACCCAGCUCAGAAUCCAUAUGCUAGUAACGGCAAUAGCUCAUCCGGUGCAUCCGUUGAUCUGAAACAAGGAAGCAAUGGCGGACGUUCGUCGUCACCAUAUCAAAGUCAAACUCGCAGUGGCUCAGGUUCCAAUCCAUAUGGAAACUCAACUCGUUAUGGGGAACAUUCACAAGUUGCAUCAGAUCCGUAUUCUGCACCAAGUAGACGACAAGCACCGUCAUCACAAGCACAAGCACAAGCACCAGUUCAAGCUCGUGGACAGGAUCCAUAUAGUCGACCCACGUCAAGACAACCAGUGGCGGCAUCGUCGCAGCGAGGACAGGCAAAUUCAAAUGGCGGAGAUGCUUCAAAUAGAGUGAGUAGGAUGUCUACUAGACAAUCUACUGCUGAUACAGAGUCACUCGACUUGAAUGCUAUUUCAUCCCAUCAAAUGUUUCAAAAUAGCAAACCUAUUAGGAAACAAGCUUUUGAUUCAGAGGAGUUGGAUUUGAAUGAAGAGUUUAACGAAGAAGAAGAUUUAAAUUUAAAUUUGGAUAUACCAGAGGAAGAGCAAGUGAAUUCAGAAGAUGAAGAAGUUGAAGCUAUUAAACAGGAUAUUAGAUUUGUCAAACAAGAGUCUGUCCAAUCGACAAGAAACACGCUUCGAAUGGCUCAGGAGGCUGACGCGUCAGGUACAAAUACAUUGGGUAUGUUGGGAUCACAAUCGGAGAGAUUAUACAAUGCUGAACAAAACUUGUUAUUGGCUGAUACGCAAACGCAAAUUGCUGAUGAAAAAGUCAAAGAGUUGAGACGAUUGAAUCGUUCUAUUUUUAUCCCAGCAUAUGGUAACCCUUUUAACAAGAAGUCAAGAUUACGUCAACAAGAGGAAAAUAUAAAGAAUCGUAAGAUGCAAGAGAAGUAUCUUCGUGAAACUAAUCGUCAAAAUAUGUAUGAAAGUGAGCAGCGAUUGAAACAAGGAAUUAUGAAUAAUGCUACUGAUAAUGAUGUACAUCACAAGUAUCAAAAUGAAAAGUAUCUACAACAAGCACAAAGAUAUCAAUUUGAAAACGAUUCUGAAGAUGAUGAAGCUGAAAAGGAGAUUGCUAGUAAUUUAGAUCAAAUUGGAUCAUAUGCAAAGAAGUUGCAUGGUAUCGCCAACACCAUGGGUAAAGAAGUGGAUAGUCAAAAUGUUAGAUUAAGGAAGAUUGAAGAAGAUGCUGAUAAGUUGGAUAUCAAUGUUCAUAUGAAUAGUACUAGAUUGAGUAACAUUCGCUAA